UCGCGGGGAAUCUGCGCAGGCGCUCUGAGGUCGGCAGGUUAUCAUGGAGGAAUACGCGCGUGAGCCCUGUCCAUGGAGGAUAGUUGAUGACUGUGGCGGUGCAUUUACCAUGGGGGCCAUUGGAGGAGGGGUGUUCCAGUCUGUUAAAGGCUUUCGAAACGCACCUGUGGGGGUUCGACACAGGCUUAGGGGGAGCGCAAAUGCUGUGAGAGUAAGAGCACCACAAAUUGGAGGUAGUUUUGCUGUAUGGGGUGGCCUCUUUUCCACCAUAGACUGUGGUCUUGUGCGUUUGCGGGGUAAAGAAGACCCUUGGAACUCCAUCACCAGUGGAGCCAUGACUGGAGCUAUACUGGCUGCUCGCAGUGGUCCGCUAGCCAUGGUGGGCUCUGCAAUGAUGGGGGGGAUCCUGCUUGCCCUGAUCGAGGGGUUUGGGAUACUUCUUACAAGAUACACAGCACAGCAGUUUCAGAAUCCGAGUCCUUUUGUGGAGGACCCGAGUCAACUUCCUCCAAAAGAAGGCCAAGAGAAACGCGGAUAUGGACAGUAUCAGUAAAAUCACUGUUGCAGUGGUAACUGU